AUGCGCGGGGCUGCAGAUGCAAGGGCAGCAGCGAAGCUAGCUGCUGCAGGGAUGCAGGCAGCAACGCGUAGGAGGCAGGGAAGCAAGGCUGCAGGGAGGUUGGGAUGUAGGCAACAGCGCGCAGGAAAGCUGGCAGAUUGGAGCACAGGUUGCAGUGGCGGGCUGCAGGGCUGGUGUGCGGGCUGCGGGGCAGCUACGCUACAGUGGCAGUGUGAGCUGGGCGAAAGCUGCGGGGCAGCAGAUGCUCAGCGGGGAGGCUGCGGUGUGCGGCAGGGAGGCUAUUGGGGGAAGGCAGGGCUGCACGGGCUAGGGCUUGAGGUAGCUUGCGGCAAAUUUUGUAUAAUGAGUGGUAGAUCUGUGCAUUCUGUUUUGGUUGGGCUUGUGUGCCUGGCCCUUGCCUCUGCUAUUUGUUGUUCAAGUGUUGGAAGCUCCAACAACAUUAUGUGCUUGGAGAGUGAAAGGCAUGCUCUUCUCCAGUUCAAACAAGGCCUUGUGGAUGAGUCCAAUGCUCUUGCCUCUUGGAAAAGUAAGAAAGAUUGCUGCAAGUGGAGAGGAAUAGCAUGCAACAACCAAACAGGUCAUGUUACAGGUCUUAAUUUCUCCUUUAGUUAUGAUUCAUAUUUCAAUUAUAGUGAAGUUCCUUUAAGAGGUGCAAUGAGUCCUUCACUACUUGAAUUACCAUUUGUAAAUUACUUGGACCUCAGUUAUAAUGAUUUUGAAGGAAUUGUGAUUCCCAAGCUCAUUGGCUCUUUGAGUCAAUUGAAAGAACUCAAACUUGCACAUGCUAAUUUCAGUGGACUUGUUCCUCCCCAACUUGGAAACCUCUCUAAUUUGCACACUCUUGAUCUUUCCGGGAACUAUGAUGCUACCAAUGUCAGCAGCAACUUUGUCCAUAUUGAUCUCUCUCAUAGCCAACUGGAAGGUCCCAUCCCAGAUGUCUUCACAAGCAUGCUUUCUCUAGUAACACUAGAUCUGUCUUGGAAUAAACUUGAAGGUGGGAUACCAAAAGGCUUUCAAAACUUAUGCAGCUUAGAGUCGUUGACCUUAUGGAGCAACCAAUUGUCUAAAAACAUUGAGGACUCUGUUAAAACCUUGUCUUGUGCUGAGAACACACUUAUGACCCUGGACUUGAGUUAUAACCAGUUUUGGGGGUCAUGGCCAGAUUUGGCACGAUUUUCAAAGUUAAGAGAGUUACAUCUUGGCAAAAAUCAACUAAAUGGGUCUGUACCCGCGAGUGUCGGGCAACUCUCUAGUCUUGAACAUCUAUCUCUCUCGGGGAAUUCUUUCACUGGUGUCAUAACAGAAUCCCACUUUCUGAAGCUCUCUCGUUUACACUAUUUGGGUCUUUCUGGUAAUUAUUUCUCUAUCAACCUGAGCUCUGAUUGGAAUCCACCAUUUCAACUUACUGGUCUGUUAGACAUGUCCUCCUACAAGCUGGGCCCAGCUUUUCCCAAAUGGAUUCUAACGCAAACAAAUCUUACCGGUCUUUAUCUCUCUAAUGCUGGACUAUCAGGAUCAUUACCUAACAAGUUUUGGGAUAUAUUUUCUGGCUUAUUUCAGUUAGAUCUCUCUAUGAACCAAAUCCAUGGAAAACUACCGAAUCUGUCAACAAUGAGCUUGAGUAAUGUUUAUUUGUCUUCUAAUCUACUUUCUGGUGCAGUGCCAUCAUUUUCUCCUGAGCUCAGAAAGUUGUAUCUCUCGAAUAACAAGUUUUCUGAGCCGCUGUCUUGCUUCUGUGCAACGCAGGCUCCAUAUUUGGGUUUGAUUGACAUUUCUGAGAACCAACUGUCAGGAGAGCUUCCAGACUAUUGGAAGCAAUUCCAAGGAUUGGAAGCUUUGAAAUUGGAGAAAAAUAAAUUAUCUGGAAAAAUACCAAGCUCUUUAGGCAAUCUAAAGAGACUUACGUUAUUGAGUUUAAAUGCUAACAACUUUUCAGGAGAAUUGCCUUCUCUAGAGAACUGUACCAACACUACGUCAAUAAUGGCAUCAGACGACAGUUUUGGACUGUCGUCUGAUGAGGUUGGGCGCUGUUGUUAA